AUGGCGUGCAUAAGUUCGACAACAGUUUUCUGCGUUUUAUUUCUUGCUCUUUACGCCGUGUUUUCCCAAGUAGAAGCGAAUGAGUGCUCUUCUGACUCUGGAUGUGGUUACUUAAAGUAUUGCUGUGAAAGAAAAUAUCCCAGUUACGACAAUAUAUGUUUGGACAAUUGCAUUGGUCAGUCUUGUACUAUUGACGGCGACUGUGCACCGGGCGAAACUUGUUGUGAUUCUGAUAAUAAAUGUGCCACAACUUGUACUGGAAAAUCGUGUGACUAUGAUAGCCAAUGUGCAACGGGCCAAACUUGUUGUGAUUCUGAUCAGAAAUGUGCCACAACUUGUAUUGGAAAAUCGUGUGAGUAUAAUCGCCAAUGUCCAACGGGUGAAUCUUGUUGUUAUUCUGAUAAGAAAUGUGCGACAACUUGUGUCGGAGAAUCGUGUAGCUUCAGUGGCGACUGUGCGCCGGGUGAAACUUGCUGUGGUAGUUCUGAUAAGAAAUGUGCGACAACUUGUAUUGGAAAAUCGUGUGGCUACAGUGGCGACUGUGCUACUGGAGAAUGUUGUGACUCUGAUGGCAAAUGUAAUACAGGAGAUUGCUAUGUGAUUAAAGGUCUAGCUGGUUGGAUUGUUGCAGUGAUUGUUAUCAGUGUUAUUGUUGUUAUCGUUAUACCCAUUGCAGUUGUCGUGUUUUGCUGUUGUUGUGCAGCUGGUGCGGCAGCAGCCUCGACACGUCGUGCUCAUGGUGAGGUUGUAGUAACACAACCUACAACCACAGGAACUACAGUCUUUGCAACCCAGCAACAACAACAAUACCCUGCACAACAAGGACAACCAAUGUAUUUUCAAAACCCUCAACCAUACCCAAACCAACCCCCACCAGAAUAUCAACCUCAAGGGGCAGUGUAUGGGCCACCAGGAGCAAGUGGUGGAUAUAUAGCGAUGACACAGCAAACUCAUUAA